AUGAGGCCAGAAUGGUGGCCCGGGCAAGAGCAUGAGGCCUUCACUGAAUGGGCAAUCUCCAAUGGCAUAGAUACCAAGUCGGUGACUCCAGCCCGGUUUCAAGGGCGUGGGCUGGGAAUGAUGGCCACCCGGAAUAUUCAAAAAGGAGAAACUGUCCUCAAAGUGCCGACAAGGUUGAUGCUGAGAGUCGAAGAUAUCCCUUCCACUUUUAUCGACAGACUCCCAGAAGGCAUUGCUGUACAUGCACUCCUGGCAGCAUAUCUCACGCAUGGUGCACCAGAUGAACUAUCAAGAUACGAUUUAUGGCGCAAGUCAUGGCCCAGUCGAAAAGACUUUGAAGACAGCAUGCCGAUCCUCUGGCCAACCGCCCUGGGAGGGCCGCAGUUGCCCAGCAGUGAAGAUGACGCUCCGAUUGACUCGGAGCAACCAAACCUUCUUCCCCCGUCACUUUCAGGGCUCUGGAAUAGCAUACAGCCAGGCACAAAGACGAAGAAGUACAGUGCAGACUACCAGAACAUUAUCUGGCAGCAGGUUCAACGCCUGCGCAAAGCAUGGACAGACGUCAUUUCUGCGUUCCCGGAUACCGACUGGGCGGCAUUCUCAUACAAUUGGCUGAUUGUAAAUACGAGGAGCUUCUACUGGGUUGGCGAAGGACAGGAAACGCCAGAAGACCCUAAUGAUGCGAUGGGGCUAGUGCCUUUCGCUGAUUACUUCAAUCAUGCAGAUGUUGCCCGGGACGUCAAAUUCGAUAGAGAUACAUAUGAAUUUCGUGCCACGAAAGAUUACGAGGAGGGCGAGGAAGUGUUCAUGAACUAUGGCAGUCAUCCGAAUGACACAUUACUAGCAGAAUAUGGCUUCUUCCUCGAUGUGAAUGAAGCAGAUUCAAUCUAUCUUGACGAUAUCGUUUUUCGAGACAUCCAUUCCGCCGACCAGCAAGAGGAGUUGUGGCUAAAUCAAUAUUAUGGCAACUACCAAGUUACUCUCCACGGACCCUGUUACCGCACAGAAGUCGCUGCAUGUCUGAGUUAUAUGAAGGAGGAGGAUUGGCGGAACCAUGUUCUUGAAGGCCAAUCACAGGGCUUAGAUGAGAGUCGAUCUGAGGCCACCAUCAAAAGGUGGAUUCUGACAUAUGCCGCAGAGGCAGAUGCAACUAUCACGGCGCUGCAGAAAGCCAUGGAACUCGACACCACAGUUCAAGCACAUCGUUCAAAAGCAGAUAUGCUGCUGAGGCGGUGGAGGCAGAUCAAGGAUAUCUGUGAACACGCGGCCAAAAAUGUCUCUGUAUAG